AUGGAGCUGUACGAUGAGGAGAUCUACGAGCGGGCAAGUGUAAACGUUAGCGUAAUUCUUAAUGACGACAUAAAAGAGGAGAUCAUAGAAAAUUUGAAGCAAAAUAUGAAGGACAGGAAUGUGAAAAUAAGCAGCUACGAUUAUGGCAGAAUUCACAAAAUAAAUUCUUGCGCGAGUGAGGGGGCAGAUGGGGGUGAGGAGGAAGGUGGACAUUCCAUGCUGAUGCACGAUUGGCUGAAAAAGAUGAAGGUGGCUUCGUCUGUUGUGAUAUUUUGCGUGGACUGGCAAGGGAUUGCUAAUGAGGGGGGGGAAGACAGGGAAAUUCCAACUGGCAAUAAUCCAACUGGCAAUAAUCCAACUGGGGAAAUCCCAACUGGAGAUAGUCCUUCCCUGGAGAACCCCAACCAGGUGGACCCCUCCCAACCGGGUGAACCCCAAUUCACCUACCCCUGCGUGCAGAACGCAGCUUUCAUGAGCCAAGUGAACAAAGACCUGAUGGAGCGAAUAGAAGAAAUAAACGCAAUAAUCAUGAGGAGGAAAAAAAUCUGCAAAAUCAUUGUGCUGGUUAUUCUACCAGAAAAUACACAAAACACGGAGGAGUACAUAAAAUAUAUUAGCCAGCUAAAUUCUAAAAAUAUCAGCGCCAUUUUUAUCACGUUAGGGCUGAAGGAGAUACAUAACAAAAUAAGAAAGUUAGAAAAUCUUCUGAGGGAUUGUAUUAAUGCCUUUUUUAAGCAACACAUAGUCAGCUUUGAGAGGAAAAGUGGACAAAACAUACUCACUUUUUUUAACUAUAAUUUUAAAAAGGCAUAUGUUUUAGAAAUCCUAGAAAGGUAUGAUGAAAGUAUGAAGAUUUACGUGAACCUAUGUAAAGUCUUUUAUGAACAUGCAGGGGAAAAUACCUUUCCUGACAAGCACACUUUUUUCAAGUAUGUUAUUUUUUUCAACUCAGUCAGUAUUCGGAUGAUAUACAUAUAUUUAUUUUUCAAAGAUUUUAAAAAGGCUAUUCAUCAUAUUUAUACGCAUAAUAAGAUCAUUUACUUGGCACUAAUGCGGGGGGAGGGGGGAGAAAUGGAGGAUGCUAAGAAUGGUGGAAAUGAUGAGGAGGUUGUAGGAGAUAUACCCAAUGUUGUGGGGAGACUUUCGCAGGUCAUUUCCAUGUAUGGCAUAACUGGUUGCUCUGAUUUGAUUACCUCUUUGAAGUGUUCAGAUAAUUUCACAGUAGACGCACCAAAUGGGGAAGAAAAUCGCCCCACGAUUGAGAAUGCCCACCUCCUGUACGACCUCACGAUGAAGGAGUACCUAUACUACAACCUGCUAUCCUGCAUCUACCUCUAUUUUUACAGAAUUGUAAAAAACAUGAACAUGAACCUAAGGGAUACAGUGUUGUAUGGGAUGUACUGCUGCUUCUGCGUGUAUUACAUGUUGAAGGCACGCAGGAAGAGGGACAAAAUAGUCGAGGCCUUUUCUCCUGUCACCCAAUUUGAGAGUUAUUUUAAGAUGUGCCAGGGUUCAGUUUUACAGGACUUUAUCCUAAACUUUCUGAUCGAAAUGUAUGUCAUCAUUAGCACCAAGCAGAUUAGCAAUUUGUUUCGACUGGUCAUUUAUUUUUUGUGUCUGAUUUAUUACGAACGGGGGAAUUAUCGCUUUUGUCUCUACUUGUUGCUGUCGUUUUAUGGCAGCAGGGAGGAUUCCUCCGUUUUUAGUGCAAUCAGUGAGAACGCCUUGAGGGAGGGGAUCUGUCCCUUGGGCGAGUUGCACGCCCUGUUGAGGGUGAUAUCGGAGAAGCGGAGCUAUGAGCGCACUCGUAACUCACAUACGCACGAACCCAUGUUGCUUCUUACGCUGAGUUGCAUGGGCCACCUGUUACACCCGGAUAAAUGGGGAAGCGUCGAAGACGGAUCUCCCCCGAAAGAAGAACCGCUUAACAUCAAGGAGUACGAACACAUGUUCUUCCAAAUAUGCUUCGAGUAUUUAAACGACCUAAUAAGGAACAAGAAAAAAAGAGAAGAGAAAAUUUUUUGUGACUUUUUCGUUAAGUAUUUUGAAAGCAUAAAAGGAGAAGGGGUCCCCCCUCCCGAGGAACCACCCACUAUAUCGAUACGAAACAUCUGCGUAAAGUUAUAUUGUUUGAUUAAACCUAAUGGGAUAUCCUCCUUUUUAGAAAUAAAAAACGGGACCCACGUAGAUUUCCCCUUUUUACCUUUUAUCGGCAUCUCUAUGGACAGCCACUUGUCCUUGUACCAGUUAACCUUUUCUAAUAAAUUCGAUGGAGUCAUUUUUGCUACAGCGGAGGUGAACGGGAAAAGUGUGUUGGACUGCAUAGAGAAGGAGGGUGUGCUCAUUCAGGAUCGUCACUGUAGGAAUGACUCACCUGAGAACGCCCCCUGGAAGGGGUUCUCCUUGGGGGAAAAAAACAUAGUGAGUUUUUUUUUACCUGGGGGGGGGAAAAAAGAAGUAGAAGUAAACUACGUGGAUCUUUAUUUGAACAUUUCUUCGAACAUUGUUCGGAUGCGAAUUCAGCAAGUUAGUGUAUCCAUUCUGAGGGAGAAGUUCCUCGAGAGAGUUCCGCUGAACAAUGAACCCUGCAAGGUAGACAAGGUAGGCAAGGUGAGCAAUGUAAGCAAUGUAAGCAACGCAGACGAUGAAGGAUCUGCACAGAAAGAGACCAUAAAUCAUGCUACGAUUGAUACUCCGUCUGGGGAAACUACCAACGGGGUAAUUAUCACACCACCUCCGAAGGAACCAAAAAAAGAGGAAAGAAAAAUCUUCCAAAUGAGAGUCGUAAAAGAAGGAAGGGAAGAAUUAAAUUCUUUCAAAUUGAAGGAAGGAGUGUACCUAAAUAAUUAUAGGAACAAAAUUGUACCAAACGGAAAGAGUAAAUUUCUUCAGAAGGCACUGUCCAAUUAUGUGCAUUAUUUCGUACACUGUGGGAACGAUGUUCUAUACCUAAACGAAUACAACCCCGUGUAUAUUUUUGUGAGGUACUCUAAAUAUGUAAAAAGUUUUGAGUUUCGUUUUUCAUAUAACUUUGAGGGGGAGAAUGAUUUGCUUGUUUAUACGUUGACCAGGGAGGGUAAUGUUGUGGGGGUGCGGCAGGUCAGUAGAGGUCAAAGGGUUGCGUUUUUUGGCGGGGGCGAGGAGGUAUGCAGGUUGGUGAACGGGGGUAGCAAUGAUUGCAGCGGUGGUGAUAGUAGCAGCUGCGAUAAUAGUGAUGGUAGCAACUGCAAUAAUAGUAAUAGUGGCCGCACGUCCAACGGGGAUAACCCGGGGCUAUUUAUGAACCAGGAGGAAGUGAAAGAAUUGGUCAUGGAUGAGACCCUUCACGAGUUGCUAUCGCACCGUGCCAGUGCAGAAGUGGACUCCAAGUUAAUCCAGCCAGAAAAGGAUCUAUUCUUUUUUCAAGUGGAACAGGAAGGAAAACAUGUUGAUGCGGGGGAAAAAAUGUAUGGCAGAAGCAACUUCUGCAACCAGUGCUGCAUGUCGUAUGGAAGGAAAAGGGGAAGAAGCGAUUUCCCCUUUUAUGCAGACGUCGAGGAGAAGGUGAUGUGUGUCCCACUUCUUGUAUAUCCAACCCGGGGGAGCAAACACGUGAAUGUCAUUUUUGACUUUUCCUUUAAAAGCGCCGAAUUUGAGGACCAGCUGAAGUAUCCAGGGAGGUAUUCCCUAGAGCCAUCUGUCAUAACGAUGGUCACGAGGAUUGGCCGUGAUGGAGGGGGCGCCACUGAAGAGGAAGAAGAAGAAAACGGGGGUCUAAAAGGGGAUAGUAUGAAUGGGGGCACCACGGAGGAGGUUUCCACGCCAACGUCCACACCGAAGGACUGCCAAAGUGACGUGCAACUUGUAAACCAUCGUAAGAAGGAAGAGACAAGCACCGGGUGGAGGAACGACGGAGUGCAGUACUACCUAUACCUACACAACAACAACGCGCAUGGAAUCAUCGUUGAAGAAAUAAGGGGAGGGACAUUGAAAGGUACCGUGGAGAUAACGCACAAGAGUACCUACUGCAACAUUGUAAAGGAAAACAAUCCAGAAGGGGGUGGCAUUAUGGUAAAGUACCACUUGAACGUUAGGAAACUUUUUUUCCCGUUUAACAGAAUGUGGAAGAAUGUCACCCGUACCCUUGAGGUGAAGGUGCCACCUGCCAAUCCGAUGGAAAACAGAAUGUGUAGCAGCGAAGGGAACCACUAUCCCCCACUGAAGGACGCGAAGAAAAGCAAAAUAAGGAUAGACCUCCUUUACGAAAGAACGGCAAAAUGCAACGAAAUUUUUGUCCUUGAAUCGGUCAUUACUAAUGAGACGAAUAUCACCGAGGAAGUUAUAAUUUUUUUGUACGACCGGAAGAGGGGUGGGCGUAAUCAAGGGGGGAAAAGAAAGGAAGAAGGUGUUGUCAUGAGGAGCCUUUGGGAUGGACCCAGUAGCAUACAGAGUAGGAAGAAGGUGCACAAAUUCAAAUUAAAGAGUGAGCAGGAAUACUAUAAUAGUAAUAAUACAUCCGGAAGUAGCUCCGAUUCGUCUGUACUCUCAUCAGACAACUUGGAAGAUUUAAUUGAUCAGGAUAACUACAUGUCCGACGGUAAGAAUGACGAAUCUAGCAAGAAGACGUAUAUUAUAACAGGGGGUAGGAUAAUGAAGAAUAUUCUGCUUCCGUAUCAAUCCAUUAGGGUCAGAUGGUCCUUUAUUAUUUUUGCGCACGGAUAUGUCACUUUGCCCAGCGUGCUAAUCAAACGCAAGACCAAGAUAAAAAACAACGUCAAUGUUUUUUCAUCCGCUAGUGUUGAGUUGUUCGUGGUGUAG